UCAACACCUGCCUAUAUGAAUAAGAACAUGCGGUAUUUGAUUUUCUGUUCUUGUGUCAGUUUGCUGAGAGUGAUGGUUUCCAGGUUCAUUUAUGUCCCUACAAAGGACACGAACUCAUCGUUUUUUAUGGCUGCAUAGUAUUCCAUGGUGUAUAUGUGCUGCAUUUUCCCUGUCCUGUCUAUCACUGAAGGGCAUUUGGGUUGGUUCCAAGUCUUUACUAUUGUAAACAGUGCCUCAGUGAACAUUCAUAUGCAUGUGUCCUUAUAGUAGAACAAUUUAUAAUCCUUUGGAUAUAUACCCAGUAAUGGGAUUGAUGGGUGAAAUGGAAUUUCUAUUUCUAGAUCCUUGAGGAAUCACCACACUGUCUUCCACAAUGGCUGUACUAAUUUACACUCCCACCAACAGUGUAAAAGUGUUCCUUUUUCUCCACAUCCUCUCCAGCAUCUGUUGUCUCCAGAUCUUUUAAUGAUCACCAUUCUAACUGGCGUGAGAUGGUAUCUCAAUGUGGUUUUGAUGUGCAUCUCUCUAAUGACCAGUGAUGAUGAGCAUUUUUUCAUGUGUUUGUUGGCCUCAUUGAUGUCUUCUUUUGAAAAGUGUCUGUUCAUAUCCUUCGCCCACUUUUAAAUGGGCUUGUUUGUUUUUUUCUUGUAAAUCUGUUUUAGUUCUUUGUAGAUUCUGGAUAUUAGUCCUUUGUCAGAUGGGUAAACUGCAAAAAUUUUUUCCCAUUCUGUUGGUUGCCCAUUCACUCUAAUGACUGUUUCUUUUGCUGUGCAGAAGCUCUGGAGUUUAAUUAGGUCCCAUUAGUCUAUUUUGGCUUUAGUUGCCAAUGCUUUUGCUGUUUUAGUCAUGAAGAUUUUCUCCAUUUUCUUUGUGUAUCUUGUAUGUGGGCUUUCUCUCAUUUUCCUGUUUGAGUUCUAAAAGGCAUUCUACUGUAUACAAACACUACACACUUGUCAGCAGUGAUUAAAGGUGAUUGUUGCAAAUAUGACGAGCUGUUAGCUAUACAAAUCAAAACAAAUCCCGGUCUACCAUUUUUUUUAUGGAAUAGAUGGAUUUAUUUCUGCAAAGACAGGUAUAGACAACUAUUACAAUUUAAAGAGCAAAUGAUAGGAAUAGUGUUAUAUUGCCUUUAACGGUAAACUCUAAAUGGUGGUCUUCUUCUAACCAAGAACACUCCUUAACUAGGUGAUACCAACUGUGUGAUUAAGGAGGUAGGGCAUGGACUUUGAAGUAAAAUACGGUAAUAAUAUAUUCCCUAAACAAGUAUGUUAAAUUUCUGAUGUAGAGCUGGUAGUAGGGGUUAAUUCCUUUAAAAAGAAAUAAUAACCACUGUAUUGAGAUAUAAUUUACACGCCACAGAAUUUACUCUUUUAAAGGGUACAGUUCAGUGCGUUUUUUUUUUUUUUUAGCAUAUUUGCGGAGUUGUUCAACCAUCACUACAAUCAAUCUUAGAGACUUUUUACCACCCCAAAAAGAAAUGCCAUACCCAUUAGCAGUCACUCUCCAUCCCCCUCAACUCAGCCGCUGGCAACCACUGACCUUCCUUCUGUCUCUGUGGACUUGCCUGUUCUGGACAUUUCAUGGAAAUGGAGUGAUCCAAUACAAUAGGUGGUCUCUUGUAACAGGCUUCUUUCACUUACUGAAGACUACUGUUCCCAGGGUUGUACUUUAUGUCAAUACUUCAUUCCAUUUGCCAAAUGAGAUUCUAUUAGAUGGAUAUGCCACUUGAGUUUUUUUUUUUUUUUUUUAAGCUAGUCAUCGAUUGAUAGAUUUUUCUUUGUUUUUUUUGAUAAUGAGCUUCACUAAGUUGCUGGUUUCAUACUUCUUAACGCUGCGGAGAUUUUUAUUUGAUUUUUUUCUUAAAUAAGGUCUUGCAGAAAACCCUCUGUAAGACUAGACCCGCAGUGAUUGAAGAAGGUCUCUAUGGUACCUUUGCCAAGUGUAGGAUUGUUCAGGAACAGAGCUUGAAAACUUCCACAAGUUUUCUAUCUCAUCAUAGCCAGUGAUAUAAGAUAAAUUUGCAUCCUCAAGGGUCUUCUAUUUUAAAAGACUAGAAAUCCUCCACCUUUCAUCCACCUAUCUGCUGCUCUUCACAUGAAACUUUUUUUUUAAAACGAGGUCUUACUCUGUCAUCAACCUGGGGGUGCAAUGGCACAAUCAUAGCUCCCUGCAGCCUUGUACUCCUGGGUUUAAGGCAUCCUCCUGCCUCAGUCUCUUAGGUAGUUGAGAUUAUAGGCAUGAGCUGUUGCUCUUGGUUGAAACUUAUUUUUAAAUUAUCUUCCCUUAUUGCCUCUACUUCUGAACCCUCCAUUUGUUCCUCUGCCUUGUUUCUGCCUCUUUUGUUGAACUGUGACAUCCUUGUGCCAAAUCCAGAAGAUGCUUCCGUGUUCUCAGCAGAAGGAGCUCUCAGUAGCACUCACCACCCUCCUUAAAGCCCCAGUUCCUCCUGCUUCCUGGGGCCUCACUCUCCUGGCUCUCCUCACAACUGUUCUUCCUCCUCUUCUCCAAUUCUCAGUCUUGUUGUGUCCUUUGGUUUAGCUAUACAUUUUUCUUAAGAAGUUUACACAUAGCUUUGUGACUCAUAAUGGAUUAAAGCAAGUUCCAUCAAGAUUUUUUUCUCAGUAGCACUGUGUUAGUCUUUUUUUAUUGGUUUAUACUUCAAGGCAGUACAUUCUAGUUCUUUUCUAUUGUUGGUAAUUCAGACUAUUCAGCAUGUACCCUGAUCUCAGUGAAUUGUUCCUGUGCAGACACUGCCAGGUCUUAGACACUGGUCUGUACCUGGUGUAUCCCUCUCUCCUUUCUGUGAUAUGGCCAUGUGUAUGGUUUCCUACAAGAAUACAUGCACAUUUUGGGGGUCAAAGGAGUUGAGUUAUAUGUACACACUGAAUACUGCCUGUUCAUAUUUUCAUUUUAUAGUAUAAAUAAAAAUAGGUGGUAAUCCCUUAAUAAGCUCACAGCUUAUUUUGCUGAGUCAUCCUUUUUUUUUUAAUUAUGUUUUAGGUUUUGGGGUACAUGUGAAGAACAUGCAAGAUUGUUGCAUAGGAAAUGAGGCAACAUGAUGUGCAGGAACUGAAUCGAAUUCUCUUCAGCGCUUUGGAAACUUCUUUAGUCGGGACCUCCGGUCAUGACCUUAUCAAUCGUCUGUAUCACGGAACCAUUGUUAACCAGAUUGUUUGUAAAGAAUGUAAGAAUGUCAGUGAGAGGCAGGAAGACUUCUUAGAUCUAACAGUAGCAGUCAAAAAUGUAUCUGGUUUGGAAGAUGCUCUCUGGAACAUGUAUGUAGAAGAGGAAGUUUUUGAUUGUGACAACUUGUACCACUGUGGAACUUGUGACAGGCUGGUUAAAGCAGCAAAGUCGGCCAAAUUACGUAAGCUGCCUCCUUUUCUUACUGUUUCAUUGCUAAGAUUUAAUUUUGAUUUUGUGAAAUGUGAACGCUACAAGGAAACUAGCUGUUAUACAUUCCCUCUCCGGAUCAAUCUCAAGCCCUUUUGUGAACAGAGUGAAUUGGAUGACUUAGAAUAUACAUAUGACCUCUUCUCAGUUAUUAUACACAAAGGCGGCUGCUACGGAGGCCAUUACCAUGUAUAUAUUAAAGACGUUGAUCAUUUGGGAAACUGGCAAUUUCAAGAGGAAAAAAGUAAGCCAGAUGUGAAUCUGAAAGAUCCCCAGAAUGAAGAAGAGAUUGAUCAUCCUCUGAUGAUUCUGAAAGCAAUCUUAUUACAGGAGGAGAAUAAUCUAAUUCCUGUUGAUCAGCUGGGCCAGAAACUCUUGAAAAAGAUAGGAAUAUCUUGGAACAAGAAGUACAGAAAGCAGCAUGGACCACUGCGAAAGUUCUUACAGCUCCAUUCUCAGAUAUUUCUACUCAGUUCAGAUGAAAGUACAGUUCGUCUCUUGAAGAAUGGUUCUCUCCAAGCUGAGACUGAUUUCCAAAGUAAUGACCAGCAAAUUUUCAAGACGCCUCCUCCAGAAUCCCCAGGUUUAAACAAUAGCAUCUCCUGUCCCCACUGGUUUGAUAUAAAUGAUUCUAAAGUCCAGCCAAUCAGGGAAAAGGAUAUUGAACAGCAAUUUCAAGGUAAAGAAAGUGCCUACAUGUUGUUUUAUCGGAAAUCCCAGUUGCAGAGACCCCCGGAAGCUCGAGCUAAUCCAAGAUACGGGGUUCCAUGUCAUUUACUGAAUGAAAUGGAUGCAGCUAACCUUGAACUGCAAACAAAAAGGGUAGAAUGUGAUUCUGCAAACAAUACUUUUGAAUUGCAUCUUCACCUGGGCCCUCAGUAUCAUUUCUUCAAUGGGGCUCUGCACCCAGUAGUUUCUCAAACAGAAAGCGUGUGGGAUUUGACCUUUGAUAAAAGAAAAACUUUAGGAGAUCUCCGGCAGUCCAUAUUUCAGCUGUUAGAAUUUUGGGAAGGAGACAUGGUUCUUAGUGUUGCAAAGCUUGUACCAGCGGGACUUCACAUUUACCAGAUACUUGACGGGGAUGAACUGACACUGUGUGAAACUGAAAUUGCUGAUGGGGAAGACAUCUUUGUGUGGAAUGGGGUAGAGGUUGGUGGAGUCCACAUUCAAACUGGUAUUGACUGCGAACCUCUGCUUUUAAAUGUUCUUCAUCUAGACACAAGCAGUGAAGGAGAAAAGUGUCGGCAGGUGAUAGAAUCUCCACAUGUCUUUCCAUCUAAUGCAGAAGUGGGCAGUGUCCUCACAGCCUUAGCAAUCCCAGCAGGUGUCAUCUUCAUCAACAGUGCUGGAUGUCCAGGUAGGGAGAGUUGGACGGCCAUCCCCAAGGAAGACAUGAGGAAGACGUUCAGGGAGCAAGGGCUCAAAAAUGGAAGCUCCAUUUUAAUUCGGGAUUCUCAUGAUGAUAACAGCUUGUUGACCAAGGAAGAGAAAUGGGUCACUACUAUGAAUGAGAUUGACUGGCUCCAUGUUAAAAAUUUAUGCCAGUUAGAAUCUGAAGAGAAGCAGGUUAAAAUAUCAGCAACUGCUAAUACAGUGGUGUUUGAUAUUCGAAUUAAAGCCAUAAAGGAAUUAAAAUUAAUGAAGGAACUAGCUGACAACAGCUGUUUGAGACCUAUUGAUAGAAAUGGGAAGCUUCUUUGUCCAGUGCCAGACAGCUAUACUUUGAAGGAAGCAGAAUUGAAGAUGGGAAGUUCAUUGGGACUAUGUCUUGGAAAGGCACCAAGUUCCUCUCAGUUGUUCCUGUUUUUUGCAAUGGGGAAUAAUGUUCAACCUGGGACAGAAAUGGAAAUUAUAGUAGAAGAAACAGUAUCUGUGAGAGAUUGUUUAAAGUUAAUGCUGGAGAAAUCUGGCCUGCAAGGAGAUGCCUGGCAUUUACGAAAAAUGGAUUGGUGCUAUGAAGCUGGGGAGCCUUUAUGUGAAGAAGAUGCAACACUGAAAGAACUUCUGAUAUGUUCUGGAGAUACUUUGCUUUUAAUUGAAGGACAACUUCCUCCUCCGGGUUUCCUGAAGGUACCCAUCUGGUGGUACCAGCUUCAGGAUCCCUCAGGACACUGGGAGAGUCAUCAGGACCAGACCAACUGUACUUCCUCUUGGGGCAGAGUAUGGAGAGCCGCUUCCAGCCAAGGUGCUCCUGGGAACGAGCCUGAGGAAGUUUCUCUCCUCUACUUGGGAGACAUCGAGAUCUCAGAAGAUGCCACGCUGGCGGAGCUGAAAUCUCAGGCUUUGACCUUGUCCCCUUUCCUGGAGUUCGGUGUCCUGUCCCCAGCCCACCUCAGAGCCUGGACGGUGGAGAGGAAGUGCCCAGGCAGACUUUUACGAACUGACCGGCAGCCGCUCAGGGAAUGUAAGCUAGGGCGGAGAACUGAGAUCUGCUUAGAGCACCUUCAGAAAGGAGAAGACCUGGGCCCACAGGACAUGCUGCUGAGGACACAGAUGCGCAUCCCCAGCGAGAGGACCUAUACCCCUGCUCUGGACCUGGUGUGGGACACGGCCCAGGGCAGGACUCCUGGCUCCCUGAGGCAGAGGGUUGCUGAUUUCUAUUGUCUUCCUGUGGAGAAGAUUGAAAUUGCCAAAUACUUUCCUGAAAAGUUUGAGUGGCUUCCGAUAUCCAGCUGGAACCAACAAAUAACCAAGAGGAAAAAGAAGAAAAAACAAGAUUGUUUGCAAGGGGCACCAUACUACUUGAAAGACGGAGAUACUAUUGGUGUUAAGAAUCUCCUGGUUGAUAAUGAUGACGAUUUCAGUACAAUCAGAGAUGACAUUGGAAAAGAAAAGCAGAAACAGCUGGCUCUGGAGAAGAGGAAAAGCCGAGAAGCCCUCCAUGAACAGAGCAGCUACAUCCUCUCCAGUGCAGAGACGCCUGCCCGGCCCCGAGCCCCAGAAGCUUCUCUCUCCAUCCACGUGGGGAGUUUCAGAUAGCCCUCUACGGCUCCUCUCCCAAUGAACUCUCCAGCUGAUGUCACAAACGUGGGAUUCCUGGGCAUAGGGACUGACUGCCUGGCACCUCCGAUCCCAAAUCCUCUGCUUCGUCUGAGCACAGGGACUGCUCCUCUGAGGCCUGGCCAGUGCACAUGGCCACUCAACUCUGCAACACGCAGCAGCCACGGGGGCUGGCCUGGCACAGGCCUGGACACCACCCACGCAGCUGCCCGUAGGUGCUGAGCUCUCACACCACACCUGGCCCCAGCUGCCUUUUCCUGCUUUUAACCAGAAACUGCACAACGGGUGCGUAAACUGCAGGUAUGCAGGCAGCGCAUCCUACCGGGGAGAGGUGCAGGGAUCAGCCCGCCUGCCUUCCUCUGUGUUCAGAUGACUGUCGUUCGCGCUGACUGGGUUCUCAUAGCGUCGUCUCAGGCCACUGCCCCACCAUGCUCGUGCUGAGCAGAGCAGAAGUGGGGUCUGCUUUCCCAACCUCAUUUCCCCCACUCAUUCUGGCCCCACACGCUCCAUAUGUGCCCUUUGGUCUGAGUUAAAACUGCGAUGCUGAAAAGUGCAAGCUCUUUCCACGGGGAGGAGCCAGACAGGGCGCCCUCCAAGGGUGAACCUGCUCUGCUAAGCCAGGGCGGCUGCUGCGUAGGUCCACAGCCCAAGGGCCCAGUGUCUCCUUGACGCUCUGUGACAUGAAGGUCCUUGGAUCUCGAGGACUGUGGCUGGUGCCGUCCACAGCGCCUCAGCCUCUUCCUGUGUGGAAGGGAGGCAGGCAGAGCUGUGGCAGAUAGGGCUGGCAUAGCCCAGGUUCCAGGUGUCCUGGGUGGCCUGAGUGGGUUCCCGAGUAGCCUCAGUGAAAACACCUGAGAAGAAAACGUCAACUAAGUAAGGGUUUUUCCACUUAAUCUAGCCCCAAUCUCUGGUCAGCUUAAAGGACUUAAUUGGCAUUUGUGAGAGAGAAAUAGCACCUGUGUCACUGAAUUGACAGGGAUACAGAUGGUUGACUUUCUCAGACAGCAACUUAGCAGAAAGCAGCAUCCCUGAGACGGUGUCACGUUUGGAGCCUGCUUGUCACUUGGGCCUCAUCACUGAUGUGAAGCAGCACUGAAGUGUGAGGGGCAGAAAGGACACCGCCGGCAUCAGGCACUCCUGCCUGUGACUCCUUUCCAACAAGCUGACACUGAGCCUGAGGCCCGCUGUGCCCUGUGUCCUCCCCCAACAAGGUCAAAACCACUACCAGACAAGCCACGUUGCUUCCGCACACGUGUCUGGGAGCAUCUGCCAUCGAGGUCUGUGCGUUUGUGAAGCACUGGGCCGUAAGGACUGGACUCUGACUCGCAAGCUGCCUUCCAGCUCCCAAACACUAAUCCCACUCAGGAGACUCGCACUGGGUGUAGACUGCAUCUUUACAGAGGGAGAUGGAGGCUUCUGAUGUCACCAGAGAUAGAAGUAUCAUGACAGGAGCUGGGCGCCCAGCCCUUCGGUAAGCUGUUCUGUUUCCGUGACUGACUGACAUGUUUCUGUAGAAUGUCCCUUCAUCUCAUCUUGACAUAAUGAAUACUAACAAAAUCGCUGAAAAGCUUUGCUGUUGAGAGGCCAGAAGCCUCCUGGAGUGUCUCUGGAAGUCCCAAGACACAUGUGCGUUAUGUGCCUUGAAGUGCCGUCCAGCAGGGUGUGUGUGUCCGGGCCCACCUACGCGCAUUGCCUUUUCCCUUUCUUCCUUUUUUUUUUUUAAUUUGGGGCUUGAGUGGGUUAUACAGGGAGAAAGUUGUAUGAUUUUGGUAAAGGAAAAAUAAACCAUUUGUUUUUAAA